AUGCAUUUGAUUAUGCUUUACCAUGUAGCUUAUACAGCGCCCCCUGCAUCUGGCAAAAAGCUUCACCAAUUCAUCAAGGAGUUUUCCAUCCAAGAAAGAACUGGAUCCUCCAUAUUGAUCUUCUCAUUCACAAGGGAUUCGAAUACAUGGCGCCUCCAAGCUCUGCCAAUCACGCCAUCGUUUGAUUCCAGGGCCUGGUUAGGAAAUUAUGUUGCCUUGAAUACUCCAAGCUGUCAAUAA